AUGGGGGACGAUCCCCAAGCGUCUCUAUCGGACUCGGCCUCCAGCUCCCCUGGUGAAAUUGGACCGCCCUUUUUAGAGCUCCCUCCUGAGCUGGUUCAGCUGAUCCUAUCCUAUUUAUCGGCCCCAGAUCUUGCUCGCCUGUCUGCCGCCUGCUGCACCUUGGCUGAACAUGCGACCAACGAACUCUUGUGGAUGAACAUAGUCAACUCCCACCUUCCAGAGCCAAUACAUGACCCUGGGGUGUUUGACUCGUUCCGCACUCUUUACAUUGCCCAUCACCCUUGCUGGUUUGUUCCUCGCAAUAAAGUGUGGUUUUCGGAUAUCGAGCACACGGGGAAUCUAAUUCUCGCCCGGUACGAUCACCGACGGGGAGUCAUAGAGGCUUACCGAGUCAUUGCGGAACGACGUUCCCAUCAGUUCCAGCUUUGGGAUUUGAACCCAGAUGUCAUAGUUCAAAGCUUCAAUCCUAAGGUCCGUCUCUGGCUAGAUGAUCCAGUCCUCCUGUUGAAGAAUCGUCAUGGGGCUCGACCGCAAUAUCUACGCGGCGAGACACGCAUGGCUAUGCCGGUUGAAAGCCAAAAUAUCUUUAAUGCCUUUUCACUGUGCUCCACUAGCCUGCCUGCUGAUCUGAAGGCGAACCAAGAAUGGCCCCCGUCAAACAUCCCGAGUAAACACCGUGUUUGUCGUGCUGUAGAACAUGAGCUACCGGAACGGGACCUCCAGCCUCAACAGCUGGACAAUGUUUCGCAACAUGCAUUCCGAAUCAAGAGGUGGGCACAUUUCCAAACGGGGAUGCCCAUAUUCACUGCUGGUCGGAGCGAAACGCUGUCGACCUAUGCAACACUCGACCCUGAUUUAUACACGCCCACAAAAGAGAAGCCAUAUCAAGGGAUUUGGGUUGGAGACUACUCGGCGCAUGGAUGUGAAUUCCUGCUUUUCCUGCAACGCGAGCGGGUGGAUGAGCAUGCUAGCCCUGAGAAUUCAAGCGAUUCCGACGAAGAAUCCAUCCCACAAUGCGGCCUGGAGGCAAUCAAGCUUACCGGAGACCCCAACGUUCCCCGUGGCGAGAUAUCCUUCUCGGCGGAUGAUAUUGGCUCAGGGGGGCUUAUCCGGAUCGCAGAGGAGGCGCUUUUCCAGGGGGCCCGGAUAGUACGUAGCAGAGGCCAUGUCGCCGGCCUUGGCUUCAGAGAUGAUACCUUCAUCGCAUCUCAACUGAUUCUAAUAUCGACUGAAUGUGUGGCUCACUAUUGGGAAACCAUGGGCCACAUCUCCUAUUACCGCCGUCUUGACAUCGACGCAUUGCUUCGGACCUAA